AUGUCUACGGACGCCGCACGCCUGCAAGACUUGUUCGAGUGGGCCAAAUCUAAGCAUAUUUGGACGCACGACGGCAUAGCGAUCAAAACCUUUCUCACGCCGGGCAAUGAGUCAUCAGAUACGCAUUCGAACAGCACACGUGCCGAUGAAGGAGGCCAUGCAGGCUUCGGGGUGUAUGCGGUCGAGAGGCACCAAGGGACAACGGACGCAGCACAGCACGCAACGGAUGACAAUGACAUCGACAUCCGUGUGUGGCCACGCCAAGUUGGUGAGUGCAGCGGAGCACGCUUGGCUCUGUACCUCUGUAUGCUAGACUGAAGCUAUGCCGAUAUGGGGCGACAGUGGUCCUCACGCCCAAGUCGGCCAUCUUAAGCCCACGUAAUUCUAGUUUGGCCAAGCAUAUUCCCUCAGAAAACUUUUUCAACUCCGACUCCUCUGCCGGACUGCUGCUGAGCCUUGUACUCCUACACGAGUACCUACUCGGAGGAGAGAGCGACUGGUCUGGCUAUUUAGGAAGCUUGCCCCAUGGUAUGGCCUUUCCAUCCUCGCCCUGCUCAAGCGCAACCCAUGCGCAAGGGGCUGCAAGCCUCAGAAAGCCGGAAUCUUCCUCCGAUUCGGAAGAUUGGGGUGUGCCGAUACCUCUGCUAUGGCCCAAAGAGUCGGAAGAAUGGAGCUGGAUACGCAACACCGAGGCUGGUCGUAUUGUAGAGCGCGUCUCCAAAGAUCCUGCCGGCAGCCUAGAAGGCAUGGGAAUGAGCCUCGUGAGUGAAUUGUGCGUCCAAAUUUUGCCAGCUCCAGUGAGGCGCGUCUCACGUCUUGCAUGAUCACCCCCUCUCAGAAGCGACUGGAUGGCUAUUUUCAAAGCCAGGUGCUUCCGACACUCCAAGCAGCCCGUCCUGGUUACAUGAAACGCGCGGAGGACCAUUUGCUGCGCAGCUUCCGGCGAGCGUACAGCAUCGUCUCCUCUCGCGCUUUUGUGGUAGAUAUGUGGCAUGGGUAAGCAUCAGUCGCCUGUAUAGCGAUUACCAGGGCAAGCUGACCACAAGUUUCUUGAAUUGCACGCAGCUUAGCCCUGGUUCCCUUGGCUGAUAUGUGAGUGCGGUGCAUUGCACCAGCCAAACGAUCACAUACAUGCAGUGACCUGAGAUGUCACUCGCCUUACCUCCAGGUUCAAUCAUUCGUCCGACCCCAACAUGCAAUUCGAAGCGGACGACGAGGUCUGCGAUCAGUGCGGAGCUUUGGGAAAAUGCCCUCACAGCGAAGACCCGCUACCAGGCUCAGCAUAUGGUAGGCCGUCAGCGUUCAUGCCAGCAUCACACGGGCCCAACUCUGUCGACUGGGUUCCCCCGCUUCCAAUCUUAGCUCAGAUUGGAGCGGACACAGUAGAUAUGGUGGCAACCUCUGCCAUACUGAAGAACGAAGAGUGCCUCAACUCAUAUGGCCUGCUCAGCAACGCGAGUCUGCUAGCUGCUUAUGGCUUUGUUCUGGCGGAAGAGACGGAAUUUGAAAGGAUCGGAUGGGAUUGGCGCGUGUCGGACGAGCGACGGGAGCUUGUGACCAGCCUGCAGCUGGGAACGGCACCUGGAGCUCUUGAUCUGGAUUUGCGAUAUACAGAGAACUCGGCAGACGAUGCUCAGAGGUCCAACAAGCGCACAAGAUUGUCGGAUGCUGAGGCGAACAAAGGUGCCUCGAACGUGCAAAGGAGUCUUGCAAAAUCGAUCAACACAUCAGGCGCACCCUCGGUACCACAGAGUUUUGCAAUUCGCCAGAAGUUCGUUCGCACAUGCGUGCAUGCUUUGAACCUCCGGGUUGAAGAAGCAUGGCAUGGAGUGCAGGAGCUGCUGAAUGAUCCGUCCGAGGGUGGGAUCAUGGCACCGGCAGCAACUCCAAGAUUCCCCGAGCAAGCGACGCUGAGCUUGCCCGUAGACUCUCCGUUCAGGCUUUUGGCGCACGUGCAGCCUCCCGAAAGCAGGCCAUCGAUUACCGAUCCCGAACACUUGGGCGGCAUCAGGUCCAGCGCAAUUGCAGAGGGUCUGGAAUCCUUCUUGGCCCCUUUGUCGGGCCACGAAGGCACUUCCGACUUGCGGCAGCCCUUCUUCGUGGACGGUGAAGGUCGCGUUUCCGUGGUGCUUUGGCGGGCUGCACUUCUCGCUCAGCUCUCUGCAGAGAUGACGGCGAAUCUUGCAAACACGACGGAGCCAUUACAGCAAGGACUCGUCAUCAGACGUGGAAUUUUCGACGCCGAAUCAGCUCUAGCUACAUUCUUGGCAGAGGAUGAAUCGCAAGAAGGGGUCUUGCGAACUGUGGCAACGCGAGAUGCCGAGCGUGUCGAGCGCACCGUGCAAGCUUUGCAGACACUUGUCACGUCUCGUUUGGCCGGUCUGCGAAUUUCUCGCCCGGAAGAGGAAAGAAAAGCCCUUGCCAUUAUAGAUGUGAGGACGUCGCCGACGAAAACUAGCCCCACACACCUGCUGAAUAGCCGAUGAAAACUUGCCUUUGCAGAAACCCAAUGCCUCGCCGCUCAAGUUCGCUGCGCUGCAUGCUUUCCAGGAGCUUGCGGCUCUGCGAGCAUGCUUGGAGAGGCUGGAAAGCGUGUCACACAAGCUCCCAUGA